UAAAAUGGAACAGUACACAAUUGAACAACGUGCUCAAAUCGUUGAACUUUAUUUCUCAAAUCAACGGUCCAUUGUUUUGACUCAGCGUGCAUAUCGUCGUUAUUUUAAUGUGCGUGUUGGACCCUCAGAGUCAACAAUAAACCGUCUGGUUGCAAAUUUUCGACAACAAGGGGCAGUAAGGAACCUUCCUGGUGCCGGCAGACGACGAACGGUGCACACGGAUGACAAUAUUGAACGGGUACAGGAGAGUAUUCGGGAAGAUGGAGAAACAUCAACCAGGAGACGUUCGACACAACUUGGCCUCUCACGAGGGUCGCUGCAGAGAAUUUUGCAUACAAUAAGAAUGUUUCCAUACAAAAUUCAGCUUGUCCAAGAAUUAAAACCGACAGAUUACCAGCAACGACUUGAUUAUGCAAUUUAUUUCCGGCAAAAAGCAGAAGAAAAUCAUGAUUUUAUUCAUAAUUUAAUUAUGAGCGACGAAGCCCAUUUCCAAUUAAAUGGGUUCGUUAAUAGGCAAAAUUGCAGGAUAUGGGCUACGGAAAAUCCAAGAGUAGUUCAACAGCGACAAUUACACCCACUUAAGUGUACUGUUUGGUGCGGUAUUUCGUCGGAAAGGAUAAUUGGCCCAUAUUUUUUUGAAAAUGAACACGGUGUCGCCGUUUCCAUCACUGGUGUUCGAUAUCGGACAAUGUUAGAAAAUUUUUUAAGGCCAGCCGUGGAAAACCAUCCGCAAGUAUGGUUCCAACAGGAUGGAGCCACAGCGCACACUGCGAGGGACACAAUGGCUCUUUUACGCGACACCUUUGGUGAACGAAUUAUUUCGCGUACCAGCGAUUUUAAUUGGCCUCCGCGUUCACCGGAUUUAACCGCUCCAGAUUUUUUCCUUUGGGGUUAUUUGAAAGGAAAAGUCUAUAUUAAUAAGCCUAGAACCAUCCAGCAAUUAAAAAACAAUAUACGUGACGAAAUCAACAACAUAACACCUGAAGUUUUGCGAAAGGUUAUGGAAAAUGUUUUGGAAAGAGCACGAAUAUGCGAAGCAGAAAAUGGCCACCACUUGCGAGAUAUAAUUUUUCAUAAUUAAA